UUUCCAAAAGUCGGAUAGCCCGGAUAGUAGAUAUAAUAAACAUGUCUUAUUGAGAACAUAUUGCACAAUCGAAAGCACAAAACAUUGAAGGAGUGUGUGUUACUUGAUUUUGCCUCGGUAUAUUAGUGGGUUUUUGGAUACAAUACUAUUGCAACUUUUUGUUUUUUUGCCCUCUUACAAGAAAACUCGCUUAUAAAAACCAACAAAAUGCCAGGCUCCAGAAAAAUGAUCCUCAAACACGUCAUGUCUGGAAUUUGCACGAAAAUGAAUCGAACAAAACAGCUGCCAUCCGACGUAAUGGAAACCCCGCUGAAUCGCUGUUUGAAUACUUUCGACAUCACUCUCCUUGGAGUGGGUCAUAUGGUUGGAGCCGGCAUCUACGUGCUAACAGGCACAGUAGCCAAAGACAUGGCCGGUCCUGGAAUAAUCGUAUCAUUUCUCUUAGCGGGUUUCGCUUGUCUCCUGUCAGCUCUAUGCUACGCAGAAUUCGGAACCCGAGUGCCUAAAGCCGGUUCUGCGUACGUGUACACCUACAUAAGCAUCGGCGAAUUUUGGGCGUUUGUAAUUGGUUGGAACAUACUUUUGGAGCAUAUGAUCGGUGCUGCGUCGGUGGCAAGGGCCUGGAGCGGUUACGUAGAUUCGCUUUUUGGAGGGGUGAUCAGUAAUACUACUUUGGGGAUUACUGGAGAAAUGCACGAGCAACUUUUGGGAAAAUAUCCGGAUUUUCUAGCUUUUACUGUUUGUUUGGUAUAUGCGCUCUUAUUAGGUAUUGGUGUGAAGGGUUCCGCCAUGGUAAACAGCUUUUUGACCAUAAUUAACUUGUCUGUGAUGGCUCUAGUCAUUGUAAUGGGGCUGUAUUACGCAAAUGAUGAUAACUGGUCCAAAAGAGGCGGAUUUUUGCCAUAUGGAUUUGGUGGUGUAAUUGCAGGUGCCGCAACGUGUUUUUAUGCAUUUGUCGGUUUUGACAGCAUAGCAACAUCAGGAGAAGAAGCCAAAAAUCCAUCGUUUUCUAUACCAAUGGCUACAAUUAUUUCCAUGUGCAUAGUUACACUUGGAUACGUAUUAGUUAGUGCUGCUUUGACGCUAUUGGUUCCAUAUUAUGACAUCAAUCCAAAUGCAGCUCUUCCAGAUGCCUUCUCAAAUGUGGGGCAACACUGGAUCAAAUACGUAGUGUCAUUAGGUGCAAUUUGUGGCAUGACUACUACCCUGUUUGGGUCACUUUUUUCUUUGCCCAGAUGUAUGUACGCUAUGGCAGUUGAUGGAUUGCUUUUUGGAUUUCUUGGGAACGUAAAUACCAAAACUCAGCUUCCUCUAGUCAAUUUGGUGCUAUCCGGGCUAUCAUCAGCACUAAUCGCCUUAUUGUUUGACUUGGAAAAGUUGGUAGAGUUUAUGUCAAUUGGAACUUUGUUGGCUUAUACUAUUGUUAGCGCCAGUGUAAUUAUUUUAAGAUACAGACCCAGCUUCGAGACAACCGCCAGUAAGCCAUCAGUAACAACUCCAGCUUCGGAAAUAUCAGUUUCAACGUCUGAACUAACCACUCCAGCUUCGGAAAUAAUUAAUUUGACUGGAACCCUUCGAGUACAAUACAGUUGGCUGGGUCCGAUUUUCGGUAAUUGCGAACCUGGCAGUGUUGUGACAGGAGCAGUUUUCGUUUAUACGAUUUCUAGUUGCGCACUUUGCACCCUCUUUCAAAUAUCUACGAGGAGUUUGAUGCAAGAUGGCAUUUGGUGGACUGUGAUAUUGGCCACUUUUUUCCUAUUGGUCAUGGCUGGAAGUAUGGUAGUAAUCUGUGCUCACCAUCAAAGUUCAGCAUCACUCCGUUUCAAAGUACCCUUGGUACCAUUCAUACCAGCCUUAAGUAUACUAUUCAAUAUCGAAUUUAUGGUUCAUUUGAAUAUUUUAACAUGGUUGAGGUUUUUUAUUUGGAUGGUCGUAGGUAUGCUAGUCUACUUCCUAUAUGGUAUCCAUCAUAGUAAGGAAAGUGAAGGCAAUUCCUCCUAUUCCAUAUUGAUGACUUCCCCAGAAGCUGUUAAAGAAAAAUGGGGUGCUACCACAAAGACUAGCUUGAAAGCUGUUUUAACUAAAAGAAAAGCUUCGAAUGGAGACAAAAGUGCAAUUAUCAAGGACUCCGAUGGGGAUAGUACUGAUUAAUUUUUGUUUUAUUUAUGAUGGAAAAUUAGACUGCUUUUGUAUAGGGAAACUCUAGAUAAUUUUGCCUAAGCGCACGAGUAAAUAAAUAUACCUAGGGUGUUCCAUGAUAGUUUAUUUUAUUCAUUCUCAGGAAAAAAUAUUUAAAAUAUUAUAUAAACAAAGAGAUAUCAGAUACUCACACCACGUUCGUCAUAUUGUCAGUAAUAUUGCAUUGGAACAUAUCUCGCACAAUCUCACUAAAUAAAUGAAAAAUAUUUUGGUCUUUAAAUUAAUUAUUUAAUAUUUUUUGUUUAUUAUACUACAUGUAUAAUGUAUACCUUAAUAAUUACCCUUAAACGACACGAGAUAAUGUCUACAAAUAAGAUGUCCUAAACUUGUUAUUAGGUAUAGUUUCGAUAAAUUAUAUAUAGGUACUUAGGUACCAAUAUUGUAUGUUGUAUGUAUACAUGAUUUAGUUUAUUCGAAUGUUGAAUGUACAAAGUAUAUACGAUAAAUAAAAUUGCAUUUGUA